ACGUCAGGUUUCCAGGGCGACUAGAGGCGCACGUGUCCGGUAUAAAAAUCCGGGAGGCAAGAGGCGGAACCUGUACAGGCACUGCAGCAUCUCACGAGAAGGCUCACUACCACACCCCACUCAAUCGCAACAAUGUCGGACCUCUGUGUUGGAAUCAAUGGAUUUGGCCGCAUUGGCCGCCUGGUCCUCAGGGCCUGCCUCCAGAAGGGAAUCAAAGUGACGGCCAUCAACGACCCGUUCAUCGACCUGAAGUACAUGGUUUACAUGUUCAAGUAUGACUCCACCCACGGACGCUUCAAAGGCGAGGUCUCCGAGAAGAACGGGAAGCUGAUCGUUGACAACCACGUCAUCUCCGUCUUCCAGUGUAUGAAGCCUGCAGAGAUCCCCUGGGGCAAUGCUGGUGCUAUGUAUGUGGUGGAGUCCACUGGAGUCUUCCUCAGCGUCGAAAAAGCCUCUUCUCACAUCCAGGGUGGGGCCAAGCGUGUGGUGGUGUCUGCCCCCUCCCCCGACGCCCCCAUGUUCGUCAUGGGUGUGAACGAGGACAAAUACGACCCCAACACCAUGACCAUCGUCAGCAACGCGUCCUGUACCACCAACUGCCUGGCUCCCCUGGCCAAGGUCAUCCACGACAACUUCGGCAUCGAGGAGGCGCUCAUGACCACCGUUCACGCCUACACGGCCACCCAGAAGACGGUGGACGGACCCUCCGCCAAGGCCUGGCGCGACGGGCGUGGCGCUCACCAGAACAUCAUCCCGGCGUCCACCGGGGCCGCCAAGGCCGUGGGCAAGGUCAUCCCCGAGCUGAACGGGAAGCUGACGGGCAUGGCGUUCCGUGUGCCCGUGGCCGACGUGUCCGUGGUGGACCUGACCUGCCGCCUGUCGCAGCCCGCCUCCUACAACGAGAUCAAGGAAGCGGUGAAGAAGGCGGCCCACGGGCCCAUGAAGGGGGUGCUGGGAUACACGGAGGACUCUGUCGUCUCCUCAGACUUCAUCGGAGACACCCACUCCUCCAUCUUCGAUGCCGGUGCUGGCAUCUCCCUCAACGACAACUUUGUCAAACUGAUUUCCUGGUAUGACAACGAGUACGGCUACAGCACCCGUGUGGCCGACCUGCUGCUGUACAUGCAUUCCAAGGAGUAGAGCUCCCCCCCUCCCACCCAGAAAAAACCCAGAGGCUCAGAAGACCCUCCCUGCCCCCCCCCCCCCGUCACUCGCACUCUCACCCCCUCCAUAGCCGAGCCAUAGCCACUCCUUAGCGUCCCCGCUCUACGAGACCGCUGUAGUCUCUGUAGUAGUCUGUGUGUACGAGUGUUUUUGGGUUAUUUUCCGUUACGAGAAGUUUAAACUUUGGAGGCGAUAUUUGGCUUGACAGUAUUUGUCCGCGUCCGCCCCAAAAAAAGCACUGUCGUAGAUGUUUCCAUACUGGGUGUAACCAUGUUAUUAUUAUCGAUGUUAAAGAACUAAAGUUUAAAAUAAGCAAAGAAAAGCAAGUGUAACUGAGCUUAAAGGUAAUAAAUUUUAAGUCUUAACACAAAAA